AUGCCCUCGUUCCCCGACUCUGCGUUCCGUGAGUUCUCGGGCCCGGGCUACGUCUCGGGCUUCCGGUCGCUGCUGCAGCCGGACCACCCCAGCAGAGCCUCCAGGCUGGAGGACGUCAGAGAGGCAGAGCGGCGGGAGGUUCUUGACGGGUUCGUGGGCAGUCUGCGGGACGUCGGGGCGCUGUGCGGGAGCGUGUGCGAGGUCGAGUACCUGGCGGGGAUGAAGAGGGUUGUCGGGCUUGCGAUCGCUGGGUCUGAGGAUGCGUACCUCGAGUUCGCGGCCAUGUACAACCGCCUCGGUGAGAUGAGCAGCGACGACUUCGUGCGGUUCAGCGCGCCCGGGAACCACGCCGCGCGGAUCCUGCUGGGGCACUUCUUCCUGCUCGCGCAGGUAGUCGAGAUGAUCAACCACCGCAGAGGGCGGAGCCGCGAGGGACGGUUCCGGGCGAGGGUGACGCUGGCUUGGCUGGAGGGGAUCGAGGAGGGGCUGCCGGGGGAGUUGAAGGGAUUCUCAAAGGCCUCUACCACAACUGCCAUGGUCCGACAUGAGCAAAUUUCCAGCGGCUAA